UAAGUGCAGCGGGUAUCGUUAUUUAUUAGCCUAAUGUCCAUUUACAUGUAUUAGAGGUAGCCUACGUCAGGUCAGUUCAAGAGACCUUGGUAUGCUGCAUGCUGAUAGGUCUCGUGAUCCACGCCCCCUAUCGUAAACAUAAAUGACCUUGACCUAAUUUCCUGAGCGGCAUGGCAGCCAAGCUCCAUACGUGAUAUUAACGGAUACUAUCCUGUUCUUCAAGUGUGCCCAAAGUCUUUCACCAUGACCUGACACUGCUGACCGAACCUGCAUUCUCAACCUUUCACAAACCUUUCACAAACUGACCCAGUUUAUGGACACCACUGGACCAGUUACAGGAUUACUGAUUACUGCUGUGCUGAACAGAAAUUUUGAUUGUCCAAAGAACAAUUUUAAGAAUUGUGAAUUGUUUUCAUGUCAUUUGUGAAGUCUGGAUCCUUUGCUAACACUGAAAUCAGAUGCCAAUUAUUUAUUAAAAUCCACAGUUUCUCAGUCUGUCUCAGCUAAGGUCUUGACACAGAUCAAUAACAAAGCAUGACAGAGACGGAAGAUUCUACAAAACACGCCCACAUAUCAACAAACGGCACAUCAUCUAGUCCCCAAAACGAAAACGACAUUCACGUCAGUGAUGCCGAUCACAAACCAGCCAUGACAACAGACAAUAAAGAAUCUGCGCACACUAAACCCCCACAUCUCCCGGGGGAGGUGGACCGAGACCAGGCAGCUCAGGGCGAGGGCGACAGGUCAGUCACCUCAGGGUCGUUGACCUCAGGGUCGGUGGUUGAUGAUGACGAGGAUGAGGAUGAGGAGGAGGAGGAGUGUGGAUGGAGGGGUGUGAAACCAGGGUUCUUGCAGAGGUUUAGGAGUCCCAAGUGGGUCCUGUUUUGUCUAUGCUGGGCAGGGGCCCUCCAGGGGAUGAUAGUAAACGGCUUUGUGAGUGUUGUGCUAUCAUCCAUCGAGCGACGUUACGAUCUUCCCAGCUCUGUGAGUGGAACCAUCUUCAGCAUGUACGAUGUGGCAUCAGUGAUCUGCCUCCUUCCUGUCAGUUACUUCGGUGGCAUUGGCCACAAACCUCGUUGGCUGGGCUAUGGCGUUCUUGUUAUGGGGAUCGGCUCCAUCGUAUUUGCGCUCCCGCAUUUCACUACUGGACCUUAUAUUGUCGCAGAGGGCGGAGUCGUUAAAUAUUGCUCACUAUCCCAGAAUUCCACAUCAUUAUGUGACGUUAGUCAAAACAAGUUGUCGGACUAUAAAUAUGUGUUUAUACUGGCGCAGCUUUUACACGGAGCGGGUGCCACCCCUCUGUAUACGUUAGGAGUGACAUAUCUGGAUGAAAAUCUAAAACCUAAAUUAACUUCCUUAUAUGUUGGUAUAUAUUACACGUUUGCCAUAGUGGGUCCAGCAAUAGGAUUCCUGGCAGGAGGACAGUUCCUUAAUAUUUAUACAGAUCCUUCCAUAGACCCAGUCAGCUUGAAGCAGUACCCUGGGAGUCCUACCUGGGUUGGAGCGUGGUGGAUAGGGUUUAUCUUCAGUGGUGUUUUAGGAAUAUUGGUAGCCAUAUGUCUUCUGGGCUUCCCCAAAUCUCUACCAGGUGCUGCGAAGCUGAGAAAGCUCCGUGUCUCAGAGGCAUACAAAGGGUCGGAGGGGGUCAGACAAACCAAAGGCUGGGAGAGCCUAAAAACACUUCCUAGAGCUGUCAAGGUUCUGCUUCUGAAUCCAACAUACAUGUUUCUGAAUCUGGCUGGGGCCUCAGAGGGUCUGUUGUUGAGUGGUUUCACUGCUUUUGCUCCAAAGUUUGUAGAGUACCAGUUCAGUUUGUCUUCCUCCUGGGCAGCUACAGUGGUCGGUUUUGCAGUGAUCCCAGCUGGAGGUGGGGGCACAUUUCUGGGUGGAUACUUCGUAAAGAGGUUCGACUUAAAGUGUCGAGGAAUCAUUAAGCUGUGCAUCCUCACCACCAUCAUGUCCCUCCUCCUUGUCCUCAUCUUCCUGGUGCAGUGUCCUAAUGGGAAGUUUGCUGGUGUCAACACUGCCUAUGUUAACAGUUCCACAUCCAUCAGCUCAGUCAACCUCACAGACAGCUGUAACACGGACUGUGGCUGUCCCAGGGAGAAUUACGACACAGUGUGCGGCGUGGACGGUGUCAUGUACUACUCUCCGUGCCAUGCGGGAUGUCUUACUGAGGUGGACAAGGGUGAUAAUAAGUACUACUACAAUUGUUCAUGUAUAGAUGGCAGCAGUAGUCAACAAGAUGGCUACAUGGCAUCCCUGGGGAAGUGUGAGAGCGACUGUAUUUACCUGUAUAUCUUCCUACCCGUGUUUGCCUUUGUGAUGUUGUUUACCUUUAUAGGCAGCAUGCCUGCUCUCAGUGCUACUCUCAGGUGUGUCCCAGAGAGUCAGAAGUCCUUUGCCCUGGGUAUACAGUGGAUACUGGUACGAUGCCUAGGGACGAUUCCUGCAGGGAUUCUCUUUGGGGCCAUCAUAGACCUGACCUGCCACCUAUGGCAGGAUUCCUGCGGAGAGAAAGGUGCCUGCUACGUCUACGACAACAGCAAGAUGGGCACCUACUUGUUAUUCAUCGGAGUCUGCGGGAAGUCCAUCUCGCUUCUUCUCUUCAUCCUGGCUUUCUGUCUAUACAAGCCGCCCACGCAGGACGAGGGCCAUUCUAACGAAAUCGCGCACCCUGACACCCAAGUGAAUUCCAAUGAGAGGUAUUCUGAGGGCCAGACGCCCAGCGAGUUGCGAUCUACUGUAACGCUUGUCAGUUGUCACAAAAUUGAGCAAAGGUUAUAGGGAAUAAUUUUGAUAAUUAGGUGCUUAGAGAUAGAAAUUAUCUCUUUAAAGACUACAGUAGUGUUAAUUAGUCUGUUUUAAAAUGUUUAAAAUCACUAGAUAACUACAUAACAAUAAUAGAAAAAGAAGUAGUUGUAUAUGAAAUAACUUAUAAUACAACAUUGUUAUAAAGAUUAAUAAUCGGGUUAAAUUUUUAAAGCGACCAUUCCAUGAGAAUCUGUUAAUAUUGUUAAUUACUAGUACUGUUCUAUACAUAUGAUAAUUAUACACAAAGUUUGUACAGAAUACUUAAUAGAUACCAAAAUUAUAAUAUUUAAAUUAUACUUAAUAAUGAUGAAAUAUAUCUUGAAGUGAUGAGCUUGCAGUGGUUGGAAUUGGAUUAGUACCAAUUUGUUUACAUAGGUGUACAUAUACAUGCAUGAUAUAUACUGUAUAUACACAUGUACUUGUCAACUUGAUAUAUAAUAUAUAAUAUAUUAUAUAUUAUAGUAAUAUGCAUAUACUUACCUGCACUUGCCCUGUUUGGCCAAAAGAAAAAAAAAUACAUGAAAUAUGAACUCUGUUUCUUUUCUAAUUUGAUAUUGCUUUGCCUCAAUUUAUUUUCAAAGAAAAGGAAAUGAGAAAGUCCUAUUUUAUUUCUUUGGUAAUUUAAUUGAUUUAUCUCAAAUUGUUUUCAACGUUUGGCAAUUG